CCUAACAUUCCCGUUCAGAAGCAGGAUCACAGUAGGAGAUAAGGAGAGCAUUCACCAUUUUCUUGUGGUUUGGUUUCCUAGAGACACUAAGUACUCCCAUGGAACAAAACAACAAAAGCCUUGUUUCUUCUAAAUUCUUAUGUUUAUGUUUGUUGAUCACCUUGAUCAGCAUUAUUGUUGCUCCACAAGCGGAAGCAGCACGAGCAUUUUUCGUGUUUGGCGAUUCGCUUGUAGACAACGGGAACAACAAUUUCUUGGCCACCACGGCGCGUGCCGAUUCAUAUCCUUAUGGCAUUGAUUCUGCAUCUCAUAGAGCCUCUGGUCGUUUCUCCAAUGGCCUCAACAUGCCUGACCUUAUCAGUGAGAAAAUUGGCUCAGAACCCACAUUACCAUAUUUGAGUCCACAGCUCAAUGGUGAAAGGCUGCUUGUUGGUGCAAACUUUGCUUCUGCUGGGAUAGGAAUUCUCAACGACACUGGAAUUCAGUUUAUAAACAUAAUCCGAAUUACAGAACAAUUGGCAUACUUCAAACAGUAUCAGCAGAGGGUGAGUGCACUAAUUGGAGAAGAGCAGACUCGAAAUUUAGUGAACAAAGCAUUGGUGCUCAUAACCUUAGGUGGCAAUGAUUUUGUCAACAACUAUUAUUUGGUUCCUUUCUCUGCCAGAUCCCGCGAAUAUGCUCUUCCAGACUACGUUGUCUUCCUCAUUUCGGAGUAUCGUAAAAUUCUUGCGAAUCUGUAUGAAUUGGGGGCACGAAGGGUUCUAGUGACAGGCACGGGACCACUGGGUUGCGUGCCAGCAGAAUUGGCUAUGCACAGCCAAAACGGAGAAUGUGCGACUGAGCUGCAACGAGCCGUUAACCUGUUCAAUCCUCAACUCGUCCAACUACUGCACGAACUUAACACUCAAAUUGGCUCCGAUGUCUUCAUUUCCGCAAACGCCUUCACCAUGCAUUUGGAUUUCGUUAGUAACCCACAAGCCUAUGGGUUUGUCACGUCAAAAGUAGCAUGCUGUGGUCAAGGAGCAUACAAUGGAAUCGGACUCUGCACUCCAGCUUCAAACUUGUGCCCAAACAGGGAUUUAUAUGCAUUUUGGGACCCCUUCCAUCCAUCAGAGAGAGCAAAUAGAUUGAUCGUGGAUAAAUUCAUGACUGGAUCCACCGAAUACAUGCACCCUAUGAACCUUAGUACAAUUAUUGCUUUAGAUUCUACAACCUAAUGCACCAUUACUGUAUGAGUUGUCUUCUUUUCUUGUCUAUGCACACCUAGUUCCUACAAGAUAUUGUAUUUUUCUUGAAUGUUUAAAACUAUGACGUUAAUUACUUAAGUAUUAUUUUUUUUUU